UGUUCGUGUUUAUGUAUAGAAAAUAAAUUUAAAAAAACACAGAACAUUCGUUGCUGGACAGAAACGCAGAAAAUGAAUUGCACGGAAUUAUUCAUCCAUCUUAACUUUACACAGAGGACACAAAAUGUUAGUAUAUCGCCUCAGAUGGUUACUCUUCAGCUGAUGAAGUAUUACCUGUACGACAUAGUUAUCCCCCUUGUCUGUGCCUUCGGGUUCGUGGGUAACAUUCUAAAUGUUGUCAUUUUCACAAAGAAGAAAAACAACAAGAUUCUAGAUGAAGUAGAAUAUUGUACGACAAUUUGUCUUGUGGCGCUAGCUGUCUCCGACAUGAUGUUUUGUUUGUGUACGUUUCCGAACGCAUUCCUUCCGGAGCGAGGCAGUUUUCACCGAUCAGAGUUCAUGCUAUUCUAUAAGAUGUACAGCAUUGCUGUAAUUAGCACGUUCAUUCUCAGUAGCACUCUACUGACUGUUCUUACAGCGUUCAUGCGCUACUUAGCGAUCUGUCAUCCAUUUCGCUCUCGUCAGUUUAUUUCGGUGAAAAUAACUGGUAUGGCUAUUGUUGUGAUUGCUGUGACCUCGAUAGGAUUCAACAUUCCGUCCCUGUGGAGGUUUAAACAGGAGAGCCUGCCGUGUUUUAUCUCACAAGAAUAUGUGUCAACAAGUCGAGGAGACCUAUUCAACAACAUCAACUUUGUUUAUGCCCACAAACUCUUGUGGGCAAUAUUGGGCAACUUUUUACCUUUGGCUAUUUUGUUGUACUGUAACAUAUGCCUAAUCAGGGCCUUACACCAGAGCAAACAGCUGCGACUCCUUCACAGCCGCGAUGACACAACGUGUUUGUCAGCUCACCGGAGAAUCAACAUCACUCUCAUCACAAUCAUCAUCUUCUUCUUCAUUCUCGUUGCCCCGAGCGAGAUUACGAAAUUCUUCUUCUACAUCAUUAAAGAAUACCAGAGGGACCGACACACUUACGAAAUGGUUUCCAUGGUAACAAACACUCUACAGACCAUCAACUUCUCUGUUAAUUUCAUUCUGUAUUAUGUUAUUAUAGCACCAUUCCGCAAAACUCUUCACGAAUUCGUUUGCGCGCUUUCCCGUCAUCGUCGCAGCACGGAAACAAGAGAGCACACCUCCAACAGCGGUAAACACACCAUUAUGCUUCUAUCUAUCAAGGAACAACAACAAAAUUGUAUAUAGCUAAUACCAUUGACUUUCUUUAUGUGUUAUAUAUGCUUUGUAUGUCAAACUGAAGUGACUUUAGCAGUAGAAUAUAUUCAGCAUUUUGUAAAAAAAAACACACACAACACUUCAAUGUAUAUAAUUUCCAUCUUCAGCUUCCCUAUUAAUGUAAAAAUACUAAAUUUGACUCACUCUAAUUUUGAUACAAAACCAAAUUAAAACAGAUUAGCGGAAUGAUUAAUUGGCACAGCAUGAACUAAACAACAUCAAUUAGUGCAAUCAUAAUUUUGUGGAAAGCAUGAAAACCUGGAAAAUAAUAUUUUGUUUGAAGUAUACAUAUGAUGUAUCAUUAUUGAUGAAGUGAAGGCCUUUGUAAUAGGCCUGUAUUGCUCACUGGUUCUGCAAUUUGUCAAGCAAAGACUAAUUCGACACCAAUUUAAUAAAUUCCAUUUCUUUUCCGUGAAAAAUUCCAUUGGAUUUUAAUAUUCCUGAAGAAAUAAUUUCAGAUAUUAGCAAAAUUGUCCCUUGUAAAAUCAAAAGCUCCAUAGUCAUAAGCUUAUAGUCUUUGAUCAUCUCAGCAUGCUUUUUGCAAUAUUCAAAAGAACUCAGUUUUUAUCCCCAGUGACCUUGAAAGUAAGUCAAGGUCAUUCAUUUCAAAAAACAUUUGAAGCCCUCCAUAAUUCUAAUAUGCUAGUACUAGCUCAAUAUCAUGACCCUGGAUCUCAGGUUGGUUGAGAAUUAAGAAGCUGUUUAAAUAUUUUCACACAUUUGGCCUCUGUGACCUUUCAAGUAUGUCAAGGACAUCCAUUUCAACAAACAUGGUUGAGCUUUCUCCACUGAACAUCAUGCUACUGGCACAAGAUCAUGACAAUAAAAUGUUUUGUAAAGCUUGA